AUGCAUCUCACCUGGUUGAAGAACUUCCAUACGUUCAAGGGAGCUGAGCAACCCAGGUCAAAGCAGAAUAGUGAUGGGACGUACACCUCGGAAAGCUUGCAUUUGGUGAAUGCCUCGGUGCAGGUGUCUGAGCGUGUGCUCACCUGUAAGGUGCAGCAUGAGGCACAGUCUCACAUCCAGGCCAGCCUCAUACUGUUCGCUGCAUAUACAGACCCAUUGUAUGUGCCCCGGGCACAUACAAAUGUACUGGGAGCCCAGGUGCUGGAGCCUAUAACAGAGGCUUUCAACUCUCAUACAUUUUUUAGUACCCUGGAAUUUGAAGUUUUUACAGUUAUGUUCGUUGGGACCCUGGAGAUGAGGAUCCAAGGAGUGGCAGGUGCGGACGAGCUGCAGGUGAUUCAGCCUGACAGGUCAGUUUCAGUUGCAGCAGGAGAGACGGCCACUCUGCGCUGCGACGUGACCUCCCUGCUCCCCGUGGGGCCCGUCAGUUGGUUCAGGGGCACAGGGCCAGGCCGGGAGUUAAUCUACAGUCUCCAAGCAAGCCUCUUCCCUCGAGUAACAACUGUUGCAGAUACUACAAGGAGAAACAACAUGGACUUUUCCAUCCGCAUCAGUAACAUCACGCCAGCAGACACCGGUAUGUACUACUGUGUGAAGUUCAAGAAAGGAAGCCCUGACGUGGAGGUUAAGUCUGGACCAGGCACUCAUCUCACUGUGAGUGCCAAACCCUCUCCUCCUGUGGUAUCAGGCCCCACAGUGAGGGUCACACCUGAGCAGACAGUGAGCUUCACCUGCAAAUCCCACGGAUUCACCCCCAGAAACAUCUCCCUGAAAUGGUUCAAAAAUGGCAAUGAGCUCUCAGCCUCCCAGACCGACGUGGAACCAGAGGGAAACAAAGUUUCCUACAGCAUCUCGAGCACAACCAAGGUGGUGCUGGCCCCAGGGGAUGUUCGCUCCCAGGUCAUCUGCGAGGUGACCCACAUCACCCUGCAGGGAGACCCUCCUCUUCGUGGGACAGCCAACUUGUCUGAGACCAUCCGAGUUCCGCCUACCUUGACGAUUACCCAACACCCCAGGGUGGGGAACCAGGUGAAUAUCACCUGCCAGGUGAACAAGUUCUACCCCCAGCGCCUACAGCUGACCUGGUUGGAGAACGGAAAUGUCGCCCGAAUAGACAUGGCCUCGACCCUCAUAGAGAACAAGGACGGGACCUUUAACCGGACGAGCUGGCUCCUGGUGAACUCAUCUGCCCACAGGGAGGCUGUGCUGCUCACCUGCCAGGUGGAGCAUGACGGACAGCCGGCGAUCACCAAAAACCACACCCUGGAGGCCUCUGCUCCCCAGAAGAACCAGGAUGCAGAUGAACGUAUUGGUGAGGCCUCCACUCCAACUGACCCAGUUCUUUACUUUUUUUAUUUAAUAUUAAAGGUAGUAAUUCAUGCUUAUUAUAGAACAAUCUAG